AUGACGACCUGUGAUCAAGUCACAAUCGCCAUGUCCGCUCUCUUUGACUCGGGUAAUGGCGUCUUGACUACUUCCUCGGAAAUGCCCCUAGCAUUGGAACUGCGCAGUGUUCCAUUCGUGCAACAAAUAUCGGUAAACAGAGAUCAGCCUACGUGGCUGUUCAACUACACCAUCGACGAGAAAAGUUUCUCGAGCGACCUUGGCGACUUGGUGUGGGACAAUCUGCAGAGCCUGUCAAAAGACUGGAUGUACACCGCGAUCAUACAUACUGCGCUAGAGGGCCCAAAACCAGUAUGGAGCCAAGAUGAUUGGAGUUUUAUGCCUGUAUCUUCUGAUGUGGAAGGCUUCGCCUCGGCUGAGAACAAAAGUGCAGCAGGUAGGGGCGACCGCUCCGUGGAGAGCCUGAGAGUCCAAACACCUGCGAUUCGUGCUCGCCUGGAAUGCAGUGCUGUUGAGUGGCCCAGAAACACGAGCCUGUGGCUUCUGUCGCACAACGACGGAUAUGGACGUAACAUCACCGGACUAGACAACUAUUUCACGAUAGCACGAGUCGUUGACGAUCGCAAUUCCACGACGUGGCUUUCUACCCAAGGCAGCAUUCCACCGUGCUUCGCCAAUCUCACUGGAAGCGCAACGUACAAUCCAGCCGCAGUUGCUUAUUGGACAGAGAAUUGGGAGGAAGUAUCUGGCCCCGAAGACAGUCGCGAUUAUCGUACAUCUGGAAACUUUACAGUCAAAUGGAUCCGAGGCCCUGGAAAGAUUGAACGAUUCCUCACGGGUAUGCGCCGUAAGCCGGAUGUAUACAUGUUUGUAUUCCCAGAGCCGCCUGCUAUUCAGGCAUUGAACUGCAUGCCUAUCUUUGAGUCGAGCCAAGCAGAAGUUACGGUGGAGCCCAAAACCGGUGUCGUACAGCACUACCGCAUCCUUGACAUUCCUGUUCGGGAGGAUGUCGCUUGGUCUGAUACAUCUCAAUGGCGUAACCCUUACGAAGACGCUCGUUACACCAAUUUCAAUAUCCAUCAUGACCCUGACUUUGAGGUCAACAGCUCUGAAUGGAGGGCUAGCAGUUUCAAGUCUUAUGACUACAAUAUCAAUACAACUACUAGGUGA